CCAGAUCUACCACCAUAUAACAGGGACGAGCCGCAGCAGAGUCCAGACCUCUGGAUAGCGGGCUGCUGUGAACCUGCACCACCUCCCGUCUCUGAAACCUGACUGAUUAAACUCGCAGGAGGACUUCCAUGAUGAAUAAAAAGUGAAAGGAUCUGUGCCAGCCGUUUGUCUCCCGGAUCAGUUUGGUGAUGGUGAGCAAGUGUUUCCUGAGGACCUGAUAGAAGACUGGAUGUGGUUGUAACUAUGGUUACGUCAGGGUGGGGGGCGUGGGCCCUCUCCCCCUGUGGCCUCGUGCUGAUCAUCUGUUCGUCUGUGUGUCUGUCCCAGCAGCCUCACAUCAAACCAGUGGACUGUAGUCGAAAGGAGCAUCCUGUUGUCUCUUACCAAGCGCUGAGGCCGUGGAUGUCGGAGUUCUCCCACCCAGGAGUGAAGGAUUUCUCCCAGCUGGCCCUGGACCUGAGCAGAAACCAGCUGAUUGUGGGAGCAAGAAACUUCCUCUUUAGACUGAAUUUGAGUGACGCCUCGCUUAUACAGGAGGCAGAAUGGGCGCCCGAUGAAGACACAAAGCGCUCAUGUCAGAGCAAGGGGAAGUCUGAGGAGGAGUGUCAAAACUACAUCCGGGUUUUGCUUAUAAGUGGGGGGACGCUCUUCAUGUGUGGUACCAAUGCUUUCACCCCAGUCUGCAUAAACAGGAAGAUUGAUAAUAUCAGCCAGGUGUUGGACACAGUGAAUGGUGUUGCCCGCUGUCCCUAUGACCCACGCCACAACUCCACUGCCAUGGUAACAGAGCGGGGCGAGUUGUAUGCUGCAACAGUGAUCGACUUCUCAGGACGUGACCCCGUCAUCUACAGGAGCCUGGGGAACAUGCCGCCACUGCGCACCGCCCAGUACAACUCCAAAUGGCUCAACGAGCCUAAUUUCGUGUCUGUGUAUGAGAUCGGUCGGUUUGCCUACUUCUUCCUGAGAGAAACUGCUGUUGAAAAUGACUGUGGGAAGAUAGUGUUCUCUCGCGUGGCCCGGGUCUGUAAGAACGAUAUGGGUGGACGUUUCCUGUUGGAAGACACCUGGACCACCUUCAUGAAGGCCAGACUCAACUGCUCACGCUCAGGAGAAAUCCCCUUUUACUACAACGAGCUGCAGAGCACCUUUUACUUACCAGAGCAGGACCUGAUCUAUGGCAUCUUCACCACUAACGUGAACAGUAUAUCAGCUUCUGCCGUCUGUGCCUUCAAUCUGAGUUCCAUCACCCAGGCCUUCAACGGACCCUUCCGCUACCAGGAGAACCCCCGCACCGCCUGGCUCUCCACCCCAAACCCCAUACCCAAUUUUCAGUGUGGCACACUGGAGGAGGGAGGUCCCGGGGGGAACUUGACAGAGCGCAGCCUCCAGGAUGCCCAGCGACUCUUCCUCAUGAACGAUGUGGUCCAGCCGGUCACCAUCAACCCUCUGCUCACCCAGGACAACCUGCGAUUCUCCAAGCUGGUGGUGGACAUCGUGCAGGGCCGAGACACCCUCUACCAUGUCAUGUACAUUGGCACUGAGUACGGCACCAUCCUGAAGACUCUCUCCACAACCAAUAAAAGCCUUCAAGGCUGCUACCUGGAGGAGCUCAGGCUUCUCCCUCAAGGGCAGAUCGGACCAAUCAAGAGCCUGCAGAUCCUCCACAGUGACAGAUCUCUGAUAGUUGGGCUUGAUGACAGACUGGUGAAGAUCCCAUUAGAGCGCUGCUCCAGCUAUCCAACUGAACGUCAGUGCAUGGAAGCUCGGGACCCUUACUGCGGCUGGGAUCACAAACAGAAGCACUGCACCACCAUCGAGGAGAGCUCCAACAUGAACCAGUGGACCCAAAACAUCACUGAGUGCCCAGUGAGGAACUUGACACAGGAUGGCGGUUUUGGUUCUUGGGCGCCAUGGCAACCUUGUAACCAUGAUGACGGCGAGGGCUCCGUCAGCAGCUGUGCGUGCCGGUCACGCUCGUGUGACGGACCUCUGGCCCGAUGUGGCGGGGUCGAAUGUAAAGGCCCAACUAUCCAGGUGGCAAACUGUUCCAGGAAUGGCGGCUGGACUCCCUGGUCUUCAUGGGGCCAGUGCAGCAGCAGCUGUGGUAUCGGAUUUGAGGUGAGGCAGCGGUCCUGCAACAACCCCUCUCCUCGCCACGGCGGUCGAAUCUGUGUUGGCCAGGGUCGAGAGGAGAGGCUGUGCAAUGAGAAAAAGCCGUGUCCCCUGCCCGUGUUGUGGACAGCGUGGGGCCCCUGGGCUCACUGCAGUGCUGAAUGUGGAGGGGGCGUCCACUCCAGGACCAGAACCUGCGAGAAUGGCAACAGCUGUCCUGGAUGCUCCACGGAGUAUAAGGCCUGUAACCUGGAGGCCUGCCCUGAGGUGCGCCGCAACACCCCCUGGACUCCCUGGAUGCCAGUCAAUGUCAGUCAAGAUGGGUCAAGGCAGGAGCAGAGAUUCAGGUACACCUGCCGGGCACUGCUCCCCGACCCCCAGCAACUCCAGCUGGGCAAGAAGAAGAUGGAAACCCGGUUCUGCCCCAAUGACGGGUCUGGAGCCUGCCAGACUGACUCUCUGGUUGAAGACUUGGUGAAGACUAGUGGGCGAACUCUGUCCCAGCCCCAAGGUGUGCGCUGGGGAUUGUGGGAAACCUGGUCCAGCUGUUCUCAGCAGUGUUCCAGAGGCUUCCGAACCCGCAAACGUAGCUGCUCGACCGCAGAGGGCAGGACCAACCCCAGCGCCUGCGUAGGAUCCCCAGUGGAGUAUCAGGACUGCAACACUAAACCGUGCCCAGUGAGUGGAGCCUGGUCCUGCUGGUCCUCCUGGUCACAGUGCUCGGCCAGCUGUGGGGGCGGACACUACCAGCGGACUCGGACGUGCAGCAACCCACCACCCGCCAGCGGAGGAGACAUCUGUAUAGGCCUGCACACUGAGGAGGCGCUCUGUAAUACACAUGCCUGCGAAGAUUGGGGUGAAUGGACAGAGUGGGGGGACUGUGAUGAAGACGGUCGGCAGCAUCGCACUCGUCGCUGCAGCGAGGACCAGCAGGCUGAGGCCAGCCUCUGCCAGGGUAACAUCACCCAGUCCCGGCCCUGCCAGCCUCACGAGGUGCCAGUUAUUUUACCCGGACAGGAGGACCAGAGCUGUGGAACCUUUACUUUGUUCCAGUUAGUAGCUGUGGGCUCGGCCAGUUUCUUCGCAGCAGCAUUACUGUCAGCACUGGCCUACACCUAUUGCCACCAGCUGAACCGACCAUCAGCAGAGUCUGCGGUCAUCCACCCCAGCACACCCAACCACCUCACCUACAACAAGCAGGGCAACGCCACGCCAAAGAAUGAGAAAUACAUCCCCAUGGAAUUUAAGACUCUAAACAAGAACAAUCUCCACGUGAACGACGAGACGUGCAACCACUUCCCCUCCCCGCUGCCCUCCAGCAACAUGUUCACCACCACCUACUACCCACCCAGCCUGAGCAAGUACGACUUCCAUCCAGACUCCCCCUGCAGGACCUACAUGCACAGCUGAGAGGAGGCCAGGCUCUGAAAACAAACCAGCCCUCUUCACUCACCCAAACACCACCCUGAAGUGUUUCCUCAUUCAAAGAAUACACCAAGAUUUUUGAUCCUGUUACUCCAGAAGUAAACACUGAAAUUGCUCUCAUGUUCCUCACAAAUUUUUGGAUCUGUUAAUGAGAUCUUAAAGUCUUGCUUCACCCAAAUUACACUUAUUUUUUGUGGUAUCUUGCCAUGCAGAUGGUUUUGGUUUGAUUUGCCCAGGUGCUACAGUACCAGAAUUUCGUUUCUUGCACCGACAUCAACUAAAAAUUACAUUUUAAAACAAUUUAUCAUCUUUUCCAGAAACAUUGUUUUCUUUCCAUCAUGCACAGUUGCUACAUUACGUGCAGUUUUUCGUUUGUGAGUCACGACAGCAGAGAAGUUUAAAGCGGGAAUGCAGGACUAUUACAUAUAAAUAACGUCUGUUUCACACACAGUGCUCAUCAAGCCUAUGCCGUCUGGUAAAGCUCUCUGUAUUAUUCACUAUAGCAGAGCUGUGGUGUCUGUGGCAACUUUGCCACACUGGCGCACUGGGAGUAAUGUGUUUCAUAACUCCAUACCAGCAGGCGGCGGUAGUCUGUAUUUGUGAUUAAAAAAAGGGAAACCAGAGGACCGACGGGACAGAUUAAAGAUGCUAAUUAGCCAGCUAGCACAUUAACAACACAACACAUUGUUAAAAGAACAAAUGAUAUUUACUGUGCACUCGCAAACAUAAAUACAAACAAAUACAUAGCCUACUGGCUAAAAAAAAAUAUCUUACCUGAUAUAAAAAGUUUGUGUUAAUCUCACGCCCUCUUGACUGAGGCUGUCUGUUUGCUGUCCUCACUUCCGUUCUGCAGGACACAACAAAAUAACUAGGGCAACAGAUGCUCACCGUUGCGCUGACAUUGACCAACGGCUAGCCAUCAGCGUGGUGUUUCGGGGCCCUCAAAAAUACCAAGUUUAGUACCCAACUGGGAGGGGGAGAGUCCAUAGCAACAGAGCAGCAGCUAGAAUUGUGGCAGAAAAUCCUAAGAAGUGCCCAGGAAAAGUUUCUGGAGUGGGUGCUCCCAUUAAAAAAAACCUUGAUGUUCAGAGAAUGGACUAAAGUUAAAAAAAAAGAAAGAAAGUGAUCGCGGGAGCUCAUCUGCAGGCAAACGUCAUAAGCGCGUCAAUAGUGUUUGUGUAAUUACUGUUACUUCUGGAGGGGGGAGACAAAAGUUAGACUUGGGUACACACCGAAACACUCUUGAAUUUAUCAUUGCAUUAAAUCUUAUCCAGUAGCAUUAAUGUGACUUUGGGUGUCCUUUUAGUUGUUUAGUAACAAGGAGCUGAGUGUAGCCACUGUCCUUGUUUCAAAUUUCAGGAUGCAUCUGUGUGCCACAACCAACACAAAAGGUAUGCAGCAGCUUUUACCUCCCCAUGUUUUCAUCUGUUCUCUAAAUGAAACCAGCACCUACAGUUCAGGUGCCCCCCCCUCCUUCUUACGUCACCCACCCUGAGGUGCUCUGUUUGUGCUCAGGGCAGUUUGAGAGCAGGGUAGGACCCAGAGCUCCAGGCCUUCUGGUAGACUUCCUGGACAAUGUGCGUACCUGGAUUUCCACUGGACUGAGAGGAGACUCAUCUGCUGGUUGUUAUUUGGGGGAUUUUCCUUUUCCUCAUUUUCAGCAGGUGUGUUCGGAGGACUCAGUGACACUGUAAGAUAUUGUAGCUUGGACACUUAAGUGUGGGUUUGCCUCAGAAAAGACAGUGAUGUGAAUGAAGUGAAGAAACAAACAGAGACUUACAGACUUCUGAAUUAUUUGCUUUAAUUUUAAUGUUUAGCAGAAACCACAACAACACUGAAGAGGACAUUUCACACCUCACUACGUACUGUACUGUGUUAAAAAAAUGAACGUCUGUUGACUUCUCUGACAGCAGAUUAUAUGAGUUAUUUUAGGUGUAUUCACAGAUGUCACUGUUUGUUUUUGUAUCUGUAUCUGCUGAGAAAAAAUGAUUUAAUUUUGCGAACAUGUGGGUUAUUUUUUUGUCAGUCACACUCAUAUUUUCUGGAUGUUAAUGCAUUGAAGGAAUACUUCACCAGCAGAAUGGCUGUUUGUUAAUCAAUUUCUCGACACGAGUUACAGUGCCCUCCAAAAGUAUUGGAACAGUGAGUCCAAUUCGUUUACUUUUGUUGUAGACUGAAAACA